AUGAGCAACUCCCGCCAACCUCUUGCUCCCGAGUUGCUACCUCACACAAACGAGGAAUCAUGCCAACCGUCAGAUGAAGUGGGCAACCAAUCUGGCUUAACUCAAGCGGUGCAGGAACAAAGGGCGGCAUCUGCGCAAUCGUCAGCACAUCUCACCCGCAGCGUGACCGUCGCCUCACCGCCAUUUCGACCCGCGCUCGCACCGGCACCGGGUAGCAGCCAUAGUAAGCUGUCGCAAGUCGAUCCGUCCCUCUUCAUCAGCAGCUACGACGGCGCCAGCUCGCUCCCAGACCUCCAACAACGCGGGAUCACGCACAUUGUUAACGUCACUUCUGAGUACGAGGAUUGCUUCCCGUCGCACUUCGUCUACCUCCGCCUUCGCGCGAGGGAUAAAAGCUCGGAACGACUAGGCCCCUAUUUCGACCAAGUCGCUGAGUUCGUGAUCAAGGCACAACAUGCACGUGGACGAGUGCUCGUGCAUUGCCAAGAAGGAAUUUCGAGGAGUGCGACCUUGGUCCUCGCGGUCAUGAUCAUCAACGAGAGGCAGACAUUGGAUCAAGCAUUCGAUGCUCUUCGAAUCGCCAGACCGGUUAUUGAACCCUCGCCAAACUUUUUGAGGGAGUUGAGGGCACUCGAACGUCGCUUGUUUGGUGUUGCAAGCACGAGACGUUUGACACCGGCCGAAAAGGGGUCCACCGACGACUUGGAAGCGCCCGAUAACAUCGCCGAAGAACUGACCCGUCUGACCUCGAUGGCCGCCAUAAGCGAGACGCGACCGUCAACAGAGGACUUCCGGACCGCCAUCGCUCUUGAGCGCGGCAUGGAUAACACCAGUGCAUUACCCAAACUCAUCAGCGAUGCGGUGUACGUGACUUUUGAUGUCUACGCGCGGCGAGAAGAGCGCGACCUCCGAGCACGUGCCGCAUUGGCUCGGUUCUUCAAUGCCUUCGUCGAUGCAGGAAUAAUCGACCGCGCCGACUUGCGGAAGAUCUUGCAAAACAUCUUCACCAGCGAGGCAUGGGAAGAUUUUGCGAUGGAGGACGUGCCCUAUGCCGCGGGAUAUGCUCGCGAGUUGCUAGCGCAGUUGACCUGA